CCCACUUCCGGUCCGGUGAUCACGGGAGGGAGGAAAACAUACAGAGUUAAUGACACAGUGGAGUUGAUGUGCACUUCCAGCCCCUCACGCCCACCCGCCCAUCUCUCCUGGAGGAUCAACGGCCGGCCGGCCCCGCAGGAGCACGUGACGAAGGACCGGCCCUACGUGGCGCACGACGGCCUCCUGACGCAGAUCUCCCGGCUGGCCUUCGUCGCGCGGCCGCACCACUUCGAGGGCGGCAACCUGGAGGUCAAGUGCGUGGCCGAGAUUAGCGAGCACCACCUCAAGCACCACAAGGCCAUCCCCAAGAACUUCCGGCCGUGGGAGAGGUCCUUUCAAGCCAGCACCGGAAGCAGCUUGGGAACUUCUGUCGCUGUGUUGGUGGUCGCGUGUCUGGCCGUUCUUGUAGCCGCCGAGAGAUGAGAAUCCGCUGGGUAUCCACGAACGCCUAGGGUGAUAUCCGAGGGGACGAAGACGAAGAGGAAGAGGAAAAGAAACACGAAUAGGGAAAAGGAAAAGAAACACGGAGACGAAGAAGACAAGAGAAAAGAAGAUGAGAAGGACGAGAAAGAAGAAAAAAAAGAAAACGAUAAUAAAAGCGUGGAUAUGGAAUCCGCAUGAAUACACCUUGUCUUACAAGAACGCUGAUAGUUAUCGUCUUCGAAGUAAAGUUGGACCAUAAAUUUUGUUUUUUUAAAGGUUUUGUUAUCAAAAUGUGGGUAAUAUCCAGUGACAAUGUGGAUCGGAUAAUUUCAUAUCUUCAUGGACACUUAUGACAAUGACAAAAGGAAAAGAAAGAGAAGGAAAGAGUAGAAUUAAAGAUAAACAAAGAGCUUGGCCACUUAGUUAGGCGACUGAGGCAGUCAAGGAGAGAGCUUAAGUGUACUAUAUCACUAAAAAAAAAAAAAAAUCGCUUAUUAGAGAGCUUAGUAAUGUGACUUCUUGAUUUUCUCUUCUUUCGAAUGAAAUAUCUAUACCAUCAUUUCUAAUAGUUGAGAAGUAGUUUCUGAUUUAGAAUGUUUGUCUUCAUCACCCCCCCCCCCCUCCGCCCCAUGUGAUUCAA